AUGCCCGCCGUGGCCUGGCCUGACCCAAUCCAGUACUUGUUGUGCUGGGGACUUGUGAGGGAGGGUUGCGAAAAUGACUGGCGUGGAUGAAAUAUUAAAUUAUCGUAGAAAUCCUGACGACGAUUUCUACGCGCUGCUGGGUUGUGACGAAAACUCUAGUGCAGAGCAAAUAACUGCGGAAUACAAAGUGCUCGCCUUGCAAUUUCACCCUGAUAAGAAUGAUGGGGAUAAGGAUGCUGAGGCAAAGUUUCAAAAACUGAAGGAAGCCAAGGAGACAUUGUGUGAUCCAUCGAAGCGAGCUUUAUAUGACAAGUGGAGGCAGAGUGGUAUCGCCAUGGGCUACAAGCAGUGGCUGGGCAUGAAAGAGCAUGUUCAGCAGUCCAUGCACUGGUCUAAGCCCAACACCAAAGACCGGAUGCUGGAGGGAGAGUCAGGGCGAGCUUCGGGCCCAUCCAGCCUGGGCCCCACUAACGCCGCCGCGCGCCGGGCCUCCGAGGGCGGCGCCGCUCUCUGGGGACGUUUUGGCGGCGGCAAUCAAGAACCACCGUCCGAAGUUAUCUCCAAAUUCCGCAACUAUGAAAUCUAAUUCCAUAUUGCAACUAUCUACCAUCUUGACUUUUAUUUUUUUGUUGUAGAAUGUUAUUAUUUUGUAAUUUGGGGCGUUUUGUUUUUGUUUAAAUUUUAUUAUUCUGAUAAAGAGGUUAUUGUGCCAUAAUCUCUUUGUAUUUUUCUUAAAAAGUACUUAAUAUUUUUAUUAUAUUGUAUUUCGUCACAACUAUGUGAUAACUAAGCAAAGAUGUUACUAUACUUGCCAUUUGACUUUUGAUGUUUUGAAAAAUAUUUAGUGUUUAAUUAUAGUUAAUGUUAAGUAUUGAUAUAAUUAAUUAUAACUAAAACGGCACAAUAUUCAUCAAGUCAGCUCAAGAAUGUUACUCGAAUGUCACUCGUAAUCUUAUUACAAUUUUUUCAGUGUUUAAUGUUGUCUUGUAUUUCGUUGUAAUUUUAAGAUUGACGUUAGAUGCCCCAUUUCUUAGUGUUAAAAACACAUGUAGGAAUCUCCUUAGCUGUAAGCUGUGCACAUUCCUAACAAAACUUAAGAGUCUGAUAAAACAUUUCUGCUCUACAACAAUAUGUUAGUGUCUUGAUAAGAAUCUCUAUGAUAUUUUAAUAUAUUUUUUACCCUCUUUUACAACUAUUUUCUUACUAUAAGUAUUGUUAUUUUUAUGAGAUGAAGGUUGGAAACGUUGUGAGAUAUAUACAGGGUAUUGCUGCGAGACAGGGCUUAUUUUUUUUCAUAUUGCGACCUAUGUACUUUUUGAUUUGAGGACUUCUUCCUCCCAACAUAGAUGUUGUGUUCCCCGAAUGUAGCAAAGUAGAAAUAAUAGAAUACAUGUUAAAUGUUUGAUCAGUAUUUACUUUUGAUGUUUUCAAAUCAAUAUAAAUGUUGAAUGUAGUAACAAUAUAUUUAGAUGAAUUGUAAUAUCAAGAUUAUAAUGCCAAAUAUUUAUAUUUUAUUUUUGAUGUAAAUCGUCUAAAAACAAUAAAUAAAUAACAUCGUCUAAA